AUGUCGCAGUCGGAUAGCGAGAACGAGAACAAAGGGAACGGAGAACGGUUUCACUUGAACCGCGUGGGUGUGAGAGUACCCCCUUUCUACCCAUCAAAACCAAAACUGUGGUUUGCUUCGCUGGAAAGCCAAUUCGCGCUUGCUGGAGUCACGUCGGAUGCUACAAAAUAUCAUUACGCAGUGUCCCAUUUAGAGCCUCAGUAUAUAGAAAUCGUAGAAGAUAUCGUUGAAGGCCCAACUACGUCGAACAAGUACGAGACGCUGAAGUCGGAGCUUGUGAAAAGGCUGUCUGCGUCACGGGAGAAACAAGUUCAGCAACUGCUUCAUCAUAAAGAAUUAGGUGAUCGUAAACCGUCACAGUUUCUUCGGCGAUUACGCGGAUUGGCCGGUUCCGAGGUGCCAGACGAUCUUCUUAGAACCCUCUGGGCUAGUCGUCUUCCUAGCAGUGUGCAGCCCAUCAUCGCGUCACAGGCCAGGAUGAAGCUGGAUGAAGUCGCUGAGCUUGCUGACCAGGUCCUGGAUGCAGUGUCACCCAACGCGCAGGUAGCUGCAGUUUCGGCAAGUGCAACAAAUAACUCCACCGAAAUUGCUGCGUUAACACGGCAGAUCGAAGCGUUAGCCGAGAAAGUCGAGCGCUGCACUGUCUUCUCUACCAUUGAUUUGGUGAAGGCCUACAACCAGAUCCCGGUCAAUCCAGACGACAUCGCGAAGACAGCAAUCACAACGCUGUUCGGUCUUUACGAAUUUCCAUUCAUGAAUGUCGGCAUUACGAAGUCCGAACGUCAUGACGUUCGGACUUCGUAA